AUGGCGCAGAAUAAUAGCAACGGUACGUUAGUUAUUGAGAAAACGAGUAAUCCCACCCCGGAACCCACGGAAGAAGUUCGCAUCGUCCCCAUCGACGAAUUCGAAGAAGCUGCCCAGUGCCUCUCAGAAGCAUUUGCCGUAGAUGAAGUAGCGCGAUAUUUCGUUGACACAGAUGACAUGUCUACUUGCACGGAGGAGUACAAGUAUAAAGUGCACUGCAACAUCAUCCGCUACCUAACCGCAGCACACUGCUACAAAGGGCUCGUAACGACCAUCGGGCCGAAUUAUGACGCUGUUGCUCUCUGGCUGCCUCCAGGGCAAAACCCGGAUGACUGGUGGACUUUCUUCCGCAGUGGCUUGUGGAGAUUGUACUAUCAGCUGUCUUCAGAGGGUAGGAAACGCUUCUUCGAUGAGUUCUUCCCCCUCCUGCAUCAUACCAAACAUGCUGUGAUGGGUGAGCGUGACGACGACUCGUACUACUUGGUGUACCUCGGAAGCAAACCUAGUUCCCGCGGAAAGGGGUACGCCCGCAAGCUGAUCGAAUGCAUGACCGCUCAGGCCGAUCUCGAAGGCCGCGCAACAUACCUCGAGUCUAGCGCUGAAGCCAAUUUGCCGUACUACAAGAGAUUUGGCUUCGACCACAAAAUGGAUAUCCAGCUCGAGCGUGGCCCGAAGCCAAUCAAAUUGCAUAUCAUGGUUCGUGAGCCGGAGAAGAUGGCUGAGAGUUCGGUGAAGGUGACCCGGACGACUGUGAGCAUCCGAGCUCUUUAA